CGCGUCCGUGGGUCUGCGCGCUCCAGCGUGGCGAGCUGAGAGGGGCGGACAGAGCGGCGUUGAAGGGGAAGGAGUUGCUCUUUCAGCCGCGGCUCUUCUCAGGAGUUUGUCCUCGUUAGUCCACCAGAGCGGCGGAGUCAGAGAUGCAGCAGCCGCAGCAGCAGCAGGCGGUUCAGGCAGCGGCGGACAGCGGGGACCCUGCAGAGCAGUACUCAAAGCGACGUCGCACAGCGCUGUGGUGCACUGUGGUUCUGCUCAUGCUGUCCAUCGUCGUGCUGGUGAUCGGGCUCCUCUCUGCCACCCGCACUGGCAACGUAGCAGUGGCUGGGUACUACCCUGGCAUUAUACUGAGCUUUGGAACGUUUCUGGGCAUUGUCGGGCUAAAUGUGGUGGAGAAUCGCAGGCCUAUGUUGGUGGCCUCCAUCAUUUUCGUCAGCCUGGGUGUAAUCUCCUGUUUCUUCUGCGCCAUCGUGGAUGGCAUCAUUGCAGCUGAGUUUAUUGACAGGAGACCUCUAAUGGAGGGGAGGUGUGAGUUUUACGCCAGUGGCUCGGGCUACGCGUAUGACAACUACUACACUGAGGUUACGUGUCAGUCCUUUAAUGAGCAGUGUAAACUGAAGGUGAAGAGCAACACCUGCUACUGCUGUGAUUUACACAGUUGUGAGAGCACAGACUACCACGCCCAUUACUUUGAGUUUACGGGUGUGGGUAGUUGCUGGGAUGUGGUGCACCUGCACAGGCUGCUGUGGUCAAAUGUAGUGCUCAAUGUACUGGGAGUCUUCCUGGGCAUCGUCACUGCUGCCAUACUAGGAGCCUUCAAGGACAUGGCUCCAGCUGUUCAAACUCAGAUGUCUCCCAGUCCUGCUCCACCACCUCACAUCCUCUAUAACCCCACCCAGCACAUGCUCACCUAUGCAAGCUUCUGCCCCUCAGGACAGGCCUUGCCCGCCUACCCUAACUACCCAAUGCCCAUGCAGCACCUGAACGGUUACCCAGGACCGAGCCCUUCUCAGCCUAGCCCUGAGGUGGCUGUGUCCCCAUCAGAUGAGAGUCAGCCUCAAGCCCAGUCCAGCACCAACCCCUCAGUUCCAUCCCAGUCCACUUCACAAGACUCCUCUGGCUACAUGCUCACUCCUAAUGCACCUUCGCUCUAUGGGCACUCGUUAGGGUCCUUUGAGAAGCCUCCACCUUAUGCCUGUUGAAGGACAACUUUAUGCCUUGGAAAUGGAUGGCACAAAACAUUCCAGUUCUAAAGUUUUGGCAGGAUGUUAGAAAAAGAUUAAUAGUUUAUCAUUAUGGGGUCUAAUCUAAGCUUUUGGUUUUUAAUUAAUGUAAUUAUGUACUAGAGAAAACUGCAUUCUGUAAAUACUUUGACAGUGAUGCUGUUUGUCCUUUCUACUCACUAUUACAGCGUUUUUGAUUACAGAGGAAUGAUAGUUAACUAAGUAAGACAAAGUGAAAAUACAGAAGUUUAGUUUGAGGAUUCUGGCUUAAAAUUUGCAUGUAAUCUCAUCUUAUUUGCCCUCUAAUGUAGCAUUUUGUUGCUUGUGAGCCUUAGUUUGGCAGAAUGCCUGAUUUUAUUUAUUUAUUUAUUUUUUGCCCAUCAGUGUUCCCUCAGUACAGUACAGCAAACAAUCAUUCAGGGUCCCCUCACAGUGAUGAGUCUUUAAACUGGAAAAUCUCACUCCUGAGACAGACCAUGUGUAAAACAGAUGUAGCAAUGGUUACGGCUUUCAUGUUGGCCAGAGUGCCACUUUAACAUGCAUUAUACGAUGAAGCAUAUUGGGCUAAAUUUGUCAUACAUUUGAGGGAGCCGUAGAGCAAAUACCAAUCUUAAAUUGCCACGUGUAGUACAUGGUUGCAAAUCUUUUCCAUUUAACAACUCAGACGUUUGCCACCCACUGACAUCACCAGAUGCUGGACAUGUUCCCUGGUGAUGCUUUGCUAAAAAUCUGAUGCAGCCAUUUCAGUUUCUGCUUACAUAAUUUUUGCCUUCAGUAAGUAAAAAUGCUGCUUGGGCAAAAUCUUCCACUUUUUGUAGGUGAAGAACUCCAAA